UUAGACGACACUAAACUUAUGCUUCUCAGUUAUCUGACUACUCUAGUGACUAUACUCAUCAAUGGCUACUAUAAACCUUUCUUCUACGCAACUUCUCUCUUUUCAUCGUUUAUCCUCUUUUUAUCCCCAAAAUACCCCUACCCUUUCAUUCAAUUUACACUCCAAAUCUUCAAAAUUACGCCCAAUUUCCCUCAAACCCUACCAUUCAACCAAGCCACGGACAUGGAUAAUUGCUACAGCAGUGAAUAGCCUCGCCGAGACGGUGGCGGUUACGGUGUCGCCGGAAAAUGAUGGACCCGCCGGAGAAUUGCCUUCGGAUGCCGGAGUGUACGCCGUUUAUGAUAAGGACGGUGAGCUUCAGUUCAUCGGUUUGUCGCGUAAUAUUGCGGCUACUGUUUUGGCGCACUGGAAAUCGGUGCCAGAGCUUUGUGGCUCCGUAAAGGUUGGGGUAGUAGACGAACCUGACAGAGAAGCUCUUACUCAAGCGUGGAAAUCAUGGAUGGAAGAAUACAUAAAAGUUAGUGGAAAAGUUCCACCUGGUAAUGAAUCCGGAAACGCCACUUGGCUAAGGCAGCAACCUAAGAAGAAGCCCGAUCUUCGAUUAACACCUGGUCGCCACGUGCAACUAACCGUCCCUCUUGAGGAGCUCCUCGACAAGUUGGUAAAAGAGAAUAAGGUAGUUGCAUUCAUCAAGGGAUCUAGAAGUGCACCAUUAUGCGGAUUCUCGCAAAGGGUGGUAGGCAUUCUUGAAAAGGAAGGUGUAGAUUAUGAGAGUGUAAAUGUGUUGGAUGAAGAUUACAACUAUGGAUUGAGGGAGACACUUAAAAAGUAUAGUAAUUGGCCUACAUUCCCCCAGAUAUUUCUGAAUGGUGAACUUGUUGGAGGUUGUGAUAUAUUGACCUCCAUGUUUGAGAAAGGUGAAGUGGCUGGUUUGUUCAAAAAUUAAUUAAUUGUGCAAGCGAGCUGCAUUUUUAGGCAUUAUUUUGAAACGAGGGACUAGGUAAGAGUAGAGGUUGGAACAUUAAGGGAAGGAGAAAUGCAGGUCAUAUUUUGUUGUAUUUAAUCUCUUAAAUUCAAGGGUAGAACGAAAAAACAAAUAAUUAAUUAUGUAUAUUUUAUUUCAACCAUAGUAGAAAUUGAUUGGUUUUUUCUUUUC